GAAAAAGUCUUGAAAGGUGGUGUUCAGGCCAGACAUCCAUCCAACAUAUAAAAUCUGGCACAGAGCAGUUGUUAUCAUCCGUGGACGUCAAUUAUUGGCUCUGGUGAAGAACAGUGUGUUUUCCCGCUUUGCAUAGCGGGAUGAGAGACAUGCAAGCCACGCCUAACAGGGAGAUAACUUCAAAAGGACUAGAUGCAGUUACGUAGGCGAGCACGAGCCGUUCUGCUUCUAAUUCAAUCAAGCUGUGGCUCUAGCCUUCUUAUUGGGACCAACAACUGAAGAAUUUUAGUAAUGUGAAAUCUAUAAAAAGUUUGAAUCUGAACGGCCAGAAUCUCACUCUCUCUCUUCUUCUUCUUCUUCUUCUUUUGCGCGUGCGUGCGUGCGUGUAUUACAAAGAAUCUCAAAUACUGCAUCGAACUAGGUGGCCUCGUGUUGGCUAAUCACACCGAGAGAACUCUAUGGGACUCCAUUCAAACUAUUCCUUCCCAACUCUGAUAACCAUCAUCUUCAACUCUCUUGAAUAUAUCUGUACCAGGACUGUAUCAUAUAUGACGGGGAGAAGUGACUCACUUCUCUCUUCAUUGUCUCAAUAUAUAUCCUACCAAUAUCGAUGAUUGUUGAGUGAUUGAGUGAUUUCCUUUUUUUAUUAUUAUUUUUUGAAUGACAUUCCGAGUCAUCCUAGAUACAAGUAUCAUCAAAUAUCCGUUCAUAAAGUUUUCUGUUCAUAACCCAAACUCCUAGGUGCUCUGCUGAUAAAGUCUUCUGUUCUUGCGAUUCCAUUCGAUUUUAUAUCCUUCCUUCCUCCCCGAAAGGCAAAGCUAGCUCAUCAAAUCCCCAAGUAACAUUCCCUUCUGCUGCUUGCCAACCAACGAAAGCUUCACUUGGCCAAACGUGGAAGCAAUGUCCCCCAUCUUCUCUUACUCCAACACCACUUUAACUGCCUAUCAGUCAUUUUUGAGAUAUAGCUUCUAUUAGUCGUUGCUUACACGAUAACAUCAAAUGCCUACCACCUACCUUUAUUUAUGGUCUAACCAUAGGUAAACCUUGCGUCCAAGUCUGCACUCGAAUACGCAUUUUUUGCAGGCUGAAGCCUUCCUUCCUCGAACCGUUUCCGCAGUCCAGCUGAGGACAAAUCCUUCCAUCUUUUUCGCGGCAAAAGGCAAAUCCUUCAUCAUCUCACCAGCAAGUUAUCCCACGUGCAGCCACAUGAAGCGGCCACGUGAUUAAGAGACUCCCAGGUUCCAAUGAUCCAAUCCACUACAAUGGCAGCCUCUUCGUUCUGUUCCCUGAUGCUACCUCCACGGUUUCGGACACACUUCUCCAGGAGACGGCCUUUCCGCAGAGCAACGUCUCACGGCCAUGGCAAGCAACUUAGAAAGGUUCGUGCCACUUGGAAUCAUGAAGAUACUGGUGAUGAUCGCCGCAAGCAUGAGGAAGGCGUCGUGGACGAGAACAUGAAGACUCUUCGACAGCGCCUUAGGGCGAUCAAGAUGAUGGAUAGGGGUGAUGGGCUGCUUGAGGAAUGGAUCGAGUGGGAGAAGCAAUACUAUCAUACGUUCUUCCAGUCCAAUAACUGUGAGAUACUAGGGUUGCUGCAACUUUAUCCAGUGGACGCUAGGCCAAGCUUGGCAAUCGGGGUGACGAUGAUGGUGAGACUGAGCAUCCCCAUCUCAGUGCUUGUAGUGAUGUUAUACUUGAUGGAUGCUGCAAAAGGAAUUCUUGAUCAUAUGCAUCUAGAUGAUGAAGGAUUUACCAACCAUUAGUCGUCUACGGGGUUAGCCUCGGUUGUGAUGUGAAGAGGAUAGCACCAUAUAUGUUAGACAACAGUGGAUAUUAAGUAGCUUUUGCACGUUAUAAUUCCUUGAAUUAUAGUCAAAGUUUCGUUGGUAGAGUAUAAUUUAUACCAGAUUUGAAUGUUUAAGCAUUAAAGAAAAGUAUUCUUUUGAAUUAGAUUUGCUUCUGUCAGUAUUGCAUGCAUGUUUGCAUUUAAUUAGAAGUAGAACUUUAUAUAAUUGAUAUCAAGAUAUUCUACUGAAAAAAGUAAUUCAAUUAACUAACAUGCAUUCAUUAACAACACUAUUUCUACUAUGCUUCCAUGCAAAGCUGAUUAUGAGCAGGACCUCACAUCUAAACUCUAUUUAUUCUUAGCCGGGUUUUUAUAAAAUUUGAUAUCUUAUGUGCCCAAGCCCAAUCCAUGAUUAGCUUUACUUCUCCGAGGAUUGGGACUGAUGAAUACUUA